CGCGUAGUCAGCAAUCCGGUGCAUGCGUGUGUGUGUGUGUUUGGCCCGCUUCAGCCAUGACCUAAGGCUCCCUCCCUAGGGAAGAAAGGUACGUUGGAAUGAGAUACUUCACUGUACCGCAUGUGAGAUGCAUUCUGUCUCAUUUCCGCGACCCCCGGCUGCCCUUGAUCAGAUUACUAUUCUACAUCUCACCUCCUCUUCACUGUCAAACCUUUUCCCUUGACCAUCUGCUCUCGACUCUGGCCUCUAUGUCUCUCGUUGUCUGCUGUUGACGUUUACAGGCCUAUACCCACCAUGCCUGAGGUCGUCCGGGGAAGCCGGGCCACUUUGGAGAUUGACCGGAACACCGACGGUCCUCCCUCAUCACCUAUUACCUCACCAACGGGUGAAGGUCGAAAUGUCCACUUCAGUCCUGAUGCAGGGAUCUCCCCUCUACAAGCGCCACCUCCCCUUGCGACAGUCAGAACAGACAGCGGACUGAGCCUGACAGGACGAAGAAAGAGUUCGCCGCACAGAAGAGAACGGAGGAGAAGUGAUGAGAAUGAGCCGGAGCAAGAUGCAUAUUAUGACAGUCGUGCAGCCACCAAGCGAGAGUUCAAGAGACGAGCCAGCACGCUACAACAAUAUUACGACAACCAUCCUGACCUGCUCCCACAACUUCCCUUUACUUGGCGGCGUGGGUGGAAGCGUUGGAAGUUAUUCCUCACAAUCUUUCUCAUGGUGGUCGAUGCCUGUGUGGUUCCCAUUGUCUUGUACUACACCAUGACAUUUGCUGGACAUGUCCAAGGAUGGAUAGUGUUCGCGGUCGUCGCUACAAUUUGGGGUGGUCCAGCUUAUGUUGAGUUUGCCGUGCGAUCCUUUCGACUGAUCAAGAAAGAACACUUCUUUCGGCCUCUGGGUACCAACAAUCGCUGGGCCUUUGACAUCACCCAUUGGAUAUUCUCCCUGACCAUUGCUGCCAUAACGGCCUUCCUGAUCAUCGGCAGUGCCCCCCACAUCGUCUGGCUCAGAGUGCUUUCUAUGCCUGGCCCUGCGAUUCUAUACUGUCUUGGAGGCCCUAUCCUCCUGAUCACGUCCUAUAGCGAGCUGAAGAGACCAGCCCCGUUUCGCAUCAGCUCCACUAGCAAAGGCGGCGAGGUCUAUCCAGGAGUCUAUUAUCUCGUCGAAGAUGUGGUUGCAGUCAACGCGGGAGCAGGGAGGCCCUUCCGAGAAGCCUUGGCUGCCAGAUAUAAGGCCAGCCCACGGUUCAGACGAAUGCUUCGAGUGCAGUCGUGGUUCUGGUCCGUUCCAGCUAUCAUAGUAGCCAUCGUCUGCACCGUUCUCAUUGUUAUUCACCGGAUACCCAAGGCUGUUGCGUAUGGUUUAGGUUGGGGCGUCCCCUUCGUCUGGGCUGGCAUAUGGGCGGCCAUUACUAUUCCGUGGAUGAAGAGGGAAAUGGUACGCGAGAGAGAAACUUGGGAAAUGGAUUUUGGAAUCUCGCCGAGCGAAAAGAAGCUUUCACGACAGGCAUACCCCGUCGCGGAUCCGACUGGUAUUCCCGUCAGAAAUGGCGAUGUGGCUGCAAAAGAUCCUCGCAGUGAUUCCGAGGACACCAAUAUAAACCCUCCGUUGGCUAAGAAGGAUUCCCCUGUCGAGAGCGGCCAGCCUGAAUAAUAAGAGAUCUGGAUUUUGAAGGGAUCGAGCACAUGGCUGUUUUUGCUCUGUUAGAUUUGAGGUGCUUUCUCGACACAUAAGUCGAUUAGCGAGCGACGGCGUUGUCUAUUUGUCCCCCCCUGAAUGUUGAGACUAUGUCAAACUGUGAAAGGUCCUCCAGAAUAAGUUGAGGCUUAUAAUGAUAUACAGGUGGUUGGACGUUACUCCAUGCUUCCUUCCUUUACA